GUCGUCAUGAGGUGUCUUGACUGCUUGGCAACCAGGAUCUGAAGACAAUUUCAGGGACAGCACAGAAGACAAACGAGAAUAGAAGACCAUGCGUCGCUCUGCUGCUAAAUCGCGGGCUGAUAAAAGCCGCACUGAUUCUGCUGCAGUUAAUGCUUCCCCUGUGGUCCAACCUGUUGAGACGGUGGACAUUGCCCCAGGACGCCUGACUCCGUCCAGCUGGGCUAGCAUCAUCAGCCAAGAGGAGGAUGAGGAGGUGGUGGCUGACAUUAUAGCAGAACUGUUGGAGGGAGUGAUGGACAGAUGCUUUCAGCUGUAUCUAAAAGAACAGCUGAUAUCCUACUCUGUUUGGUGGGCUCAAAAUAACCUGGUGGAGACGGUUGAAUGUCUUCUCCUCGGGAGAGAUGAAGGAGAUGAUCGGGAACAUGACCCCUUUUGGCAGGAAGACACAGAACCUCAGCCUUGUUCUAUUGACUCUUGGGCUGAAGGCUGUGUGCCUGUGCUCCACACCUCCCAGUAACUCCACAGUGCUCUAUUACAAGUAUGAAAACAUGCACUGUUGGUGUGUGGGAGUCAGAAGAAAAUUGUAUGACUUUCAGUUUUUAGCACUCCUUAUUUUGGGUGACAUUAGUCUGGUUUUUAUUACCAGUUUGCAAAAAACUUGCAAUAUUUGCUAAAUGUUGAUGAAAGACUUUUAAUUUCAGACAGAAGCUGUUUUGUUGUAGUUUUUAAAAAUCCUGCAAAAAAAACACAUGUACACAACAGUUUUCUGAAUUGUCAUAAUAUUUUUUUGAGCAGCAAAUGAUCAUAUUAUAAUGAUUUCUGUUAAUAUGACACUAAUGACUCUGCAGAAAUGAUUCGCCACAGGAAUAAACUACAGUUUAAAUAUAUUCAUAUAUAAAACAUUUAAAUAAAUCGAAUUGUAUAUAUCACAA